CAGCGCAACCGGUAUACUUUGACGUGUGAAAUAUUUCAGAUAGUAGUGCCGUACAUUCAUUAUUAAUAAUCACAACUAUUUUUGGAAUACAACACAUUCAAGAUCAGCCCGAUACAACGCAACCAAUACAAAAACUUUUGCAUUAUUACAAAUAAUUUAAAUGAAAAAAAAAAAAAAAAAAAAAAAAAUUUAGUUACAAUUACAAAGGUACGCUCGAUUUGUGAACAAUAAUCACUUAAAAUGCAUUCAAAUAAGUGCCAAAUAAUGGAAAUAUUUAUUUGCUUGAUCUCAUAAGUGAAAUCACUGCACAAUCAGCGGAUACACAUUUAAUUCCUUACGAUAGAACGAAAGUGAACAAUAUUUUUCUACACAACCUACAAGCAAUUCAAACGAUGAUUCAAACGAAUUUCAGUUAAAGAUAUAGCAUGUCAAAUGAUGCUUACGCCUAUAACGAUACAGUGAUUCAGAUAGUAAAGAAAAGUAACGAAAAAAUAUUUAAAAAAUGCACCGCAGAUGAUAAUAAAAACAAGGCAUUACAUUACUCACGGCCAGUAGGAUUACCUAUGAGCUUAUUAACGAAUCCCAGAUACAUAAAUCAUUCCAUAUCACCACUUCAAUAUACGCAUUCAUAUAACGAAGAGAGCCGCCAUUCAUCUUCAGCAUCCUCGAUAGAUAUUGUGAACACUGACGACGAUAAUCAUAUAAAUAGCAUGUCACCUGUCAGCAUUCCUACUCAACAUCAGAAGACUACUCCAGCAAUGCCAGAAGCCACUUUCAAUCCUGCUGAGGUUAGAAAUAUGGAAUUAACGACGGGUGCCGUGCCAGUGCCAAAUAACUUUCAGCUAAAUUAUCCGCAAUUGUAUGCGAACAGUACGGCAACAGUAUCAUUAUAUGGCGCCCCAGUAAUGUUUUCGAACGCUAUUCAUGCUGCUCACGCUGCUACGUAUAUCAAUUCUCUUCCGUUACAUGCACAACUCUCGCCGAAUGAUACGCACCCGCUUUCGAAUUCUUAUCUAAAAUCAGUAAGAGCUGUUGGUUGCAAUAUUUACAAUCCUGCCCUGACGCCACUGGUGAAUACUAAUUUAAUGCCUUCGAAACACAACAGCUUGCACAAUCCGACAAGUUCAAUGAUAGCGCUGGCGCCAUCAGUACCUGUUGGGUUAACAGAGUAUUCACCAAACUUAACGUUUUCAGCUACGGUCAAAGAACCUUAUAAAAAAACCGAAAUCGAAAUAAAAAAGGAUUAUCAUAGCCCAUCAACUACUCGACUAGAUAACGGCGUAUAUCUGUCGGUGUCCAAAGGAGCUACGGCUACAAAAUCACAAUUCAAAGUUCCCAACGGCAAGGAAGGCUCACUCAAACACCGUCUUUUAAGACUCCCUAGCAUAGAUGAAAAUGAAUCCAAAAAAAACUCUACUAUGAGAACCUACAGCACUACGAGAAAUUUUAAAAAGGGAACCUAUAUUGAAUUGGCGAAUGGAACCCUGCGGAGAGUUGAAGAUAUGCGCACUGAAGAUUUCAUACAAAGUGCCGAACGUAGUUCUCACCUUCGUUUAGCUGAAUCGACUGUAGUAAAAAUUAACACUACAUCUCUUCCAAAUGCCGUCUCGAUAACAUUCAGUUACGACAGACAUCGGGCAAAGAUUGAUAUGGAAGUGCCGCCGGAACAUCCGUUUUUUGUUUAUGGUCAAGGCUGGGCUUCCUGUAGUCCCGAAAUUUCAAUGAAAGCAUUUGGCCUGAAAUGUCAACGUCUGCAAGUCGGUGAUAUAUGCAUUUCCCUGACAAAACGUGAAAUGCAACAAUCAUCGCCAAGUGGAAUUAGUGAAAAUGCAUGUUAUCACAGACGUCCAGCUACGCCUACUAGCAAUUCUAACCACUCUACGCAAUCACAACUACCUUCGACUGUUCUGCCACCUACCCCUGAGCCUAUCUUAAAUUAUCCUAUGUUACCACCCUUUACAGCCCCGUUACUUGCAAAUCAUCAUGAUAACACUUAUGCUGAAAUGGCUAAGAUGAUGUGCACAUACACCUAUCACAGGAAUAUACCAAUAACACACGAUGCGGCAUCGCUCAAUCAUCCGAUACAACCAAAUCUCUCUCCAAAGAUUAUUCACAAUUUAUAUCAAAACCAUUUGUUGCAACUAGCAGGUCGGCAAGAGAGCCUGCAGCAAAGUGGAAUGGAUGGUCAUCAACAACGCCCGUCUUCCAUACACAAUGUACAAAAUUACAGGAGCCAAAGCCCCACUUCCAACGAAUCCACCGAUAACAAAGCGCAGCAACAACAACCCCUUGAUGUUUCUAUAUCACGAAAGCGUCGUUGGUCUGCACCCGAGAAUAUAUUAGAUGACGAGUUAGAAACGCAACCGCCUCGUAACUUGCAACUGAGAACAAAUGCAAUUUCAGCUAUCGCGAGCAGUUAGAUGAAGUUAUACUCAUAUUCAUAAAGCAAAUAAUACCAAAUUUAGGCCAAUACUGGAAACGUUAAAUGAUCUCAAUGUUUUAAAUGAAGAAAAAAAUGAACACAAAUAUAAAGAACAUUCAAUUUGUCGAAAGAGAUGAAAUGUUUCAGCCAACAGACUGGGUACUUACGUACAUUCAUGAAUAUUUAAAGCCAUAUUUUCGUUACUUACCAUAUAAGUACAUACUCAUAUGCACCUAUUAUAAUGUAUGAGUACAAAAAAAAAGAAAUAUAUAUGAACCAGGUAGUCAUUAAACCAAUUGCCAAUUAUUAACAUUUGCCAUCCAAAACGACGAGCACUCUCACUCAAACAAUUAUUAAUCAGGGUAAAUGUAAAUAUUG